AUGAUUGUCGGAGGAACGAGAGGACAGAUGAGCAGGAGAGAAAGGAAAAGAAGCCGAGACGAGGAGAGAAACGACAAUGAAGUCAUACAGGUGGUAGAACACUCCCCAACGAUCAUCUCCUUCUCCCUAGUAGAUGCUCAUGGCAUCCAAACGCCUCAUGAUGAUGCCCUCGUCAUUGAAGUUGUUAUUCAUAACUUCCGUGUCAGGAAGAUCCUGGUCGAUGAUGGAAGCAAAGUAAAUCUACUGCCUUACAGGGUCUUCCAGCAGAUAGGGAUACCAGAAGAACAGAUGGUGCGGGAUCAGGCCCCAGUAAAGGGGAUCGGAGGAACUCCAAUACCCGUAGAAGGAAAAGUGAAGGUAGCUCUGACCCUGGGGGAGGCACCCCUAUCUUGGACUCACUACGCCGUGUUCCUGGUGGUGAAACUCCCUCUGAGCUACAAUGCCAUACUGGGAAGGCCUGUGCUGUAUGACUUUGAGGUGGUGACCAGCAUUAGGUACUUGACCAUGAAAUUCCCAAUAGAAACAGGGGUAGGAGUAAUUCGAGGACGUCAGGAAGAAGCAAGGGCAUUAUACUUGGCCACUGCGGCAGAACCGAGCUCGGUUGAUGAGAGAUUCAACUCAGAGGUGAUGGAAGUCAGGGAUGAAAAGAAAGAAGCCAGGACAAAACCAGUAUGA